GCGCGGGAAGGGUCUGGCUAGGCGAGACUAGGCAAAGAUGUCGUGGUGUUCCUUGUUUGCCGUACUGAUAUUCUCGACAUUCAUAGCUGUGUCUCUUCAGCAAUCCACAGGCAGUAUUCGUCUCCGCGGAGGCAGCCUAUCCUACCAGGGAAGAGUAGAAGUAUACUACAAUUUUGAAUGGGGCACUGUGUGUGACGAUGGCUUUGGUAUGACGGAAGCUAAUGUUGUAUGCCGCCAGUUGGGAUACUCCCGUGCUCUGCUUGUUCAUACUUUUGCUUAUUUCGGACAAGGGACAGGAGAAAUUUGGAUGGACGAUGUUGAUUGUAGCGGUACAGAGUCUUCACUUAGUGGCUGCUCAUUUAAUGGAUGGGGCGUCUCAAACUGUGGUCAUUCUGAAGAUGUAGGAGUUACAUGCGAUCCAAUCACAAGCUCAGGAAGUGUACGUCUGACUGGAGGUUCUCUAAGCAACCAAGGCAGAGUGGAAAUUUAUCACCAUUUGAAAUGGGGCACAGUGUGCGAUGAUGCCUUCCAUAUCACGGAAGCUAAUGUCGUAUGCCGUCAGUUGGGAUACUCCGGUGCUUUGUCUGUUUACACUGACGCUCAUUUUGGUCAAGGGACAGGAGAAAUUUGGAUGGACAGCGUUCACUGUAGCGGUACAGAGUCUUCACUUAGUGACUGCUCAUUUGAUGGUUGGGGUGUCACAGAUUGCAGGCACUUUGAAGACGUAGGAGUUAGUUGCUCUAUAUCUACUGCGACUCAAUAUGCAUACGGAGAUAUACGUCUCGUUGGCGGGCCUUCGUCUAAAGAAGGACGUUUGGAACUUUUUGACGGUACACAAUGGGGUACAGUUUGUGAUGAUGGUUUCUCGGACUCGGAAGCUCGAGUUGUGUGUCGCCAACUGGGUUAUUCCACUUCUAAUGCGGACGCCCGUGGUAAUGCGUAUUACGGAUAUGCAAGUGGCCGCAUUGUUCUCGACGACGUUGAUUGUGAUGGCGACGAGAGUCGACUAUUGUCUUGCUAUCACGGCCGUUUGGGACAAUCAGAUUGCACUCACUCCGAAGACGUCGGCGUUAAAUGCGGUAAUAAUACAUUCCCUACGAUAUACAUGAUUGUUUCCAUGUUACUAAACCGUUUGGCUGCGAUUAUUGCCAUCGCUGUGGCUGUGCCUCUCGUUAUUAUCAUUUUUGUUAUCGUCGUGGUUGCUGUCUUGUGUCGACGUUCUAGGGCAAGGAGAGCUCCAGCUGCCACGGUGAUGUAUACUAGUGGUGUUCAGCAACCAGGAGUUGUAGUUGCUGGGCAACAUUCUGGACAAACUGCGGUGCCUCAACCUUUGUAUCCGCCAUCUCAGUCUUAUCCUCCACCUCAGUCUUAUCCCCCACAGCAACCUUAUCCGCCACCUCAGGUUUUUAAACCGCCUAAUGAACCCACAGACCAGCCGCCUUCUUACGAGAUGGUGAUAGAGCAGGAACACGGUUAUCCUACACAAGUUGAUGCACAUCGUCCUCCUCAAUCGUAUGGGUAUGGUCAAGCUGCAGGAGACGGAUAUUCGUCUCAAAGACACAGAGGAUAUGAUCUAGUUGACAGCGGAACCUUUAGGCGGUGCGCUAACUUGACGUUUCACAUCCGGGUACAACAUCCGGCAACUGGAAUGCGGGCAAAGAUGUCGUGCUGUUUCUUCUUUGUCGUACUCGUAUUCUCGACAUUCAUAGCUGUGUCUCUUCAGCAAUCUACAGGCACCGUUCGUCUUCGUGGAGACAGUCUAUCCUACCGGGGAAGAGUAGAAGUAUACUACAAUUUUGAAUGGGGCACUGUGUGCGAUGAUGGCUUCGGUAUGACGGAGGCUAAUGUUGUAUGCCGCCAGUUGGGAUACUCCGGUGCUUCGUUUGUUCAUACUUUGGCUUAUUUCGGACAAGGGACAGGAGAAAUUUGGAUGGACAGUGUUGAUUGUAGCGGUACAGAGUCUUCACUUAGUGGCUGCUCAUUUGAUGGAUGGGGUGUCUCAGAUUGUCAUCAUUCUGAAGACAUGCAGAGGAAAAAUAAUGAGUACAAUUUCGUACCACGUACUGUUCCUUCAGAGUUCUCCCCAGGAUUUCAAAAUAGCAUGGUGGAGACGGCCGGUAGUAUCAAGACAUGCCCCUUUCUGCGAGAGAUGUUUGGAUACCCAGACCAUUGCUAG